AUGGAGGGACUCUUUUUUAACGUCAACAAUGGUUACAUUGAAGGCAUUGUACGCGGAUAUAGAAAUGGUCUUCUCACCGGCGCCAACUACACCAACCUAACGCAAUGCGAGACCAUUGAUGAUCUCAAGCUGCAACUCGGCCCUGCCUAUGGAGAUUUCCUCGGCUCCCUCCCCCCGAAUCCCUCGACUUCGAGUCUCGCCACCAAAACCACAGACAAGCUUGUCUCCGAAUUCCGCUACGUCCGCGCGAAUGCCGUUGGGUCUCUGGCCCAAUUCCUCGACUACUUGACGUAUGGAUACAUGAUCGACAAUGUAGCUCUACUCAUCACGGGCACGCUACACGAACGGGACACGCGCGAACUACUGGACCGGUGCCAUCCGUUGGGCUGGUUCGAGACCAUGCCCGUGCUCUGCGUUGCUACCAACAUCGAGGAGCUAUACAACAGCGUGCUGAUAGAGACGCCGCUAGCCCCCUAUUUCAAGGGCAGCCUCAGCCAUCAGGAUUUAGAUGAGCUCAACAUUGAGAUUGUCCGCAACACCCUCUACAAAAACUACCUCGAAGACUUUUACAACUUUGUCAACACUCACCCUGACAUGGCCGGUACGCCCACCUCCGAAGUCAUGACCGAAAUUCUCGAGUUUGAGGCCGACCGCCGCGCCAUCAAUAUCACCCUCAACUCCUUCGGCACCGAGCUGAGCAAGGCCGAUCGGAAGAAGCUCUACCCUAGCUUCGGCCGCCUGUACCCCGAGGGCACUCUGAUGCUAUCGAGAUCGGACGACUUUGAAGGCGUCAGGUUAGCGGUCGACGGUGUCUCCGAUUACAAGAGUUUCUUCGAUGCCGCGGGACUAGGCGGUGGCCCGACAGGGCCCGGUAACAUGGCCGGCGGCGCCGGUGGCAACGACAGGAGCCUUGAGGAUAUGUUCUACCAGAAGGAAAUGGAGAUCUCCAAGAAUGCCUUCACGAGACAAUUCACAUACGCCAUCGUAUACGCGUGGGUGAAACUAAGGGAGCAAGAAAUCCGUAACAUCACGUGGAUCGCCGAAUGCAUAGCGCAGAACCAGAAGGAGAGGAUUGGGAACUACAUCAGUGUAUUCUGA